CUCAAGAUAUUUGCAUUAUCCCACUAUAUAUGAUCCCAAUUUUCUUAUCAAGACUUGCACACCUUAAAAGAAAAGAAAGCUUGCAGCCACCACACACCUAUUGCGCCAGGCAACGAUGAUUUUCCCUAUCUUGUUCACAUUUUUUCUCCUCCUCUCCUCCUCCAAUGCGGCUGUGCAAGACUUCUGUGUUGCAGACUUAGCAGCUCCUGAAGGCCCUGCAGGCUUCUCUUGCAAAAAGCCUGCAAGUGUUAAAGUAAAUGAUUUUGUGUUCUCGGGCCUGGGCAUUGCUGGUAACACCAGUAACAUCAUCAAAGCUGCAGUCACCCCUGCAUUUGUUGCUCAGUUUCCUGGUGUGAAUGGCCUCGGCAUUUCCAUCGCCCGUCUAGACUUGGCGGUUGGCGGAGUUGUCCCAUUUCACACACACCCUGGAGCUUCAGAAGUCCUAAUUGUCGCCCAAGGGACAAUCUGCGCCGGGUUUGUUGCCUCAGAUAACACACCUUAUCUGCAAACUCUUGAGAAGGGUGACAUUAUGGUUUUCCCACAGGGGCUGUUGCACUUCCAAGUCAAUGGAGGUGAGGCUCCAGCCCUUGCAUUUGCUAGCUUCGGGAGUGCAAGCCCGGGUCUCCAAAUUCUGGACUUUGCUUUGUUCAAAAACGAUUUGCCUACCGAAGUAAUAGCUCAGACUACUUUCCUUGAUGCUGCUCAGAUAAAGAAACUGAAGGGUGUUCUUGGUGGUACUAAUUAAUUAAGGUCUCUCUCUUGAGAUGCCAAAAAGCAAUGUCACUAGAAGAUUGUCUCUUUCUUUUUCGUUCCAUGUCAUGUCCAUGUCCAUUUUGGUUUUCUUUUCUGUGUUUGAGAAGGCCUGUAACUGCAGGAUUAAUUAGAGUUCAGGUCAGUGGCUGUUUAAUUGUAUGAUUGUAGAAGUUUUAAUGUGUGUGUGCUUAAUGUUGAAGGAUUUUAGUAGACUAUAUUAUGCCCCCAUAAUAUCUUCUCCCAUGUGCUCAAGCCUCACAUUUUCAGACUCUCAAAGAUUGUCUCUUUCUUUUUUGUU